AGAUGGCAGACUGCUUUAUCUUCCUGUUUGGCUGAGGGGAUAAUUAUCGGGCUUCUCCCCACGACCUAAACCCGAACCGACUAAGACCCGUCUCCCCCAGUUGCAUCGUCCCCGCUCAGAGGCUAUGGGUGGGAUCAAACAGGAGCAGAGUGAUGCCUCGCACCAGUCUAAACCAUCACACUCCGCAGAUCCGCCGCAAGAAGAGCCGAAGAAGAGAGGCUGGCCGAAGGGAAAGAAGAGAAAGAAGGUGCUACCAAACGGUCCCAAGGCGCCGGUAACCGGAUACGUCCGCUUCCUGAACGAGCGGCGAGAACGCAUGCGGGCCAGAUACCCGGACUUACCGUUCCCAGAAAUCACCAAGAGGCUCGGAGCAGAGUGGACACAACUGGCCCUGAACGACAAACAGCGCUACCUGGACGAGGCGGAGCGGGAGAAGAUGCAGUACGCCCAGGAACUGAAGGACUAUCAGCAGACGGAGGCCUAUCAGAUCACCAGCGCGAAGAUACAAGACAAGAGGAUCAAGAAAGAAGACACGCCGUCUGUCAUCAUCAGCACGAGUUCAGAGUCCUCCGUAUCAAAGCCGUCUGACCUCCCCAGAGGAUUCGACAUCCCCAUCUUCACAGAGGAGUUCCUCGAUCAGAACAAAGCUCGGGAGUCUGAGUUGCGGCGGCUCCGUAAGGCCAACAUUGAGUUUGAGGAGCAGAACGCGGUGCUUCAGCGCCACAUAAAGGACAUGUACAGCGCCAAGGAGCGCCUGGAGGCCGAGCUGGGGCUGGACGAGAAGCGCACCCAGGCUCUCCACCAGAACCUGCUGACCAUCAAACACACACUGGUCAACAGUCUGUCGUCGGUGCCCCUGCCAGGCACAGGAGAGACGGCGUCUCACGGGAACCUGGACUCCUACCUAAGUUGUCUCAACGGAGCGCUGGAGGGAAACCCUCACAAGCACCGCGCGCUGCUCAGCCAGCUCUGCGAAGUCCUGGCUCACCUGGACAGCGAGAAGUUGUGAGGAGACUUCAGCCGGCGACCCGUUCGUUCCUGCAUCAGAGGGACGCGUGGGAGGCUCGUGGGGUUAAAGGUCAAGUCAGUGCCAAUCGAUGGAGCAUGUGGAUAUCUCAAGGAGAGUAAAGGCAGUGGUGCAGAUGCUACAAAACACCACACACACACACGCACGCACAGAGUCCGCGUCUACAUGCCGCUUCUUUAUACACAUAUGUCAAAUGUGUAUUCACGAGUUAUUGUGAAUGUGAAUCUGUGCAGCAGGGUUUAGGGUUUUUACACUUCAGGAAUUUCAUUAAAUGUAAUGUUAUAUUAUCGUCAAAUCUGAUUUUAAUGAAGUCAAAUUGGAUUGACCCUAACCUCAUUGUGUAGUAUCCGCAGUUCCCUGCAGGCUCACCACCUGUCCAAUAAGACAAGCCGAAUUAUUUGUUUACAAUAAAUGCCCUUUGGUAUUUGGUGGGUGGGUAUAAUGUGUAGUGUUAUUUAGAAAGCAUGAACAACUAUAACAAUUAAACUGGAAAGGGUGAAAAUGAAAUGUUGGGGUUUGAUUUUACAUUGAUGAUGGCAGGUUGUUGAAUGGACAAGCAGUUUCACAUGUCAGAAUAUUGUAUAUUUGUAUUUUCUGAAAUGUUCAUUAAACCAAACUGAACAUGUU